CUUUCGAAGAAAGACGUGCACCAAUUUACCGAUAAACUAACAUGUGUAUGAAGAGGAGACUCGUCAAUACACCCCUUGUCCAGCAAUCGCGUGGGGAAUUAACUGAUGCUAGUAGUUUAUUGCCCUUUUCUAAGAGAAUCCUCCCUAAAAUUAUCGCGAUGGAAGACAGUACAACGAUGUUAAGAUUGACUGAACAACAGUUUUUUAGUUCGUUCGGAUCUACGGAGAACAACACAAACAGCAGUGAAGCUACCACCGAUCGUCCUGUUGAUGGUCUCUUGGUCACCAUCGUGUUAAUAGGAUCUGGUUGUAUCGGGGUGUUCCUAGUGGUGUCUUUCAACGCACUUCACCUCCUCGCCCUCAGAUCUGCAAAGAUGUUCCCCACCAAUCUUCGACUCUGUCUUCGUGUUCUUGGCGUCAUCGACCUCCUGGGAGGAUUCAUCUGCUACGGAAAGGUCGUGCUCGUCGCCGUUGAUAAUUCCUUUUAUUCGGAUGUGACGAAGUGUACCAUUUCCAAUGGUGUUAUGUUUAUCUUUGUUGGGAUGUCCCACAUGAUAUUGAUGCUGAUAACGAUAGAUAGAUACAUCGCCGUCACCCGCCCAUUGCGGUACCACGCCCUCCUCAACCGACGCAGGAUGAAAUUGCUGAUUAUUACCGCGCUAUUCGGCGGAGCUGUUGUUGGAGAAGUACCAACUUUUCACUUGAUGCUCAGUGGCACGUGCCAUCCAGAAGGUGAAGAACUUGUAAAAGUCAAGCAAUCCUUCGUAGCAGUUUACACCAUUAUCCCUUUCGCCUUUGUCAUGGUAACAACUGUUUUAAACCUGCACCUACUCUUGAUAUCAAAGUCCCAUGAGGAUCGACACAAGAGCACUUCACCAACGUGUCCACCAGAACAGACCGGUGGCCAACUAAAGUCAGAAUGCGAUGAAGAAGAAUUAGAAGAACUGAGAAAUCGCUCGACUAGCGAUUCAUCCCGCCCAAACUGUUGUAUGAAGAUGAAUAAAGGUACUGUCACGAUCUCCAUCGUUGUCGGGACGAGCUACCUCGUAUGGGCACCCGGAUUUCUCCUCCUAAUGAAUCACUUUUUUGUUGUCCCGAGGAUUGUCUCGUUCCUUCUUUAUAUGAUUAUGUAUUCAAGCCAUUGGCUUAAUCCAGUUGUUCUGUUUUUCAUGAAGAAAACAUAUAGGAGAGCAGUUAUUCAAAUUUUUACAUCAAACAAACGCCGAGUUCUUGAGUAGACUGUGUCGAUGAAAGACACUAUUUAUAUUUCAGCAUUAAAAAAAAAAUGUGAUACUGUACAAUCGACACAUAUGCAAACUGAAUACGGCUUUCCAAUCAUUUGAUGCAAACAUUCAAGAUGUUCAAACGCGGUUAUAUCAUGAGCCACAGAAAUUUAGGUGAUCAUAAUUGUUGCUAUGUACCAGAGAACAUUCAAAAGGUUUUUCAUAUUUAUAUGGAUGUUUCUUUACAUGUUUUCAACGGGUCGGUGGCGCCUAGGCGUUCCACCCUGUUUUCAAAAUCUAUUUUUCUCCCCUCAUAUUUUGUUUUCAUUCACCUAUCCUUCCCCAUUCUGUACGGAUGAAAUGGCAGUUUUAUUUAUAUCCUAAAUAAUUACAAUUCAAGACCAGUUUGUAAGCAUACUAUUAUCUUUAUCCAUUAUUGCCUUUCAAAACUUAAACCUUGAAGUCUAGUACAAUUAAUUCAGUGGAGAUUGUAUAAUUAUUUUCAGUUUCAUAUUAGUCUAAGAUGUGUGAUCAAAUAGUGCUUGUUAAUCUAACUCAUUUAAUUGGUACUCCAUGCUGAAAGUAAUAUGAUUUGAACAGAUAAAGAAAAAAUGACAUACAAACAAAGCACAUAAUUUUUUUUAUCACAAUCAGAUAUGGAAUAAUAAUACAGUUAUGACAUGUAGUCAAAAGAAUUUCCUUAUUUCGGUGACACAGUUCAAUGCAUGUAUUCAUGAAUAUUGAACAGAACUAAUGAUCUCAUAUCCCCAAGCACUCGUUCUUUUGUAUUUUAUCUAUAAAAUUUUGUUCAAUCAAUUUGUUUUCCUCCUAGAAUGAAAAAGAUUGAUUGAUUACUGAUUUAAUGCAUUAUUCACUGCGGCAACCUAUUAUUAUAAGGGACACAUACCAUACCCACAUGCUUUAUCAACAACGACUGCAUUGAGUCAACCCGGCAUCAAUGCAAUGAUGGCAUACAUCUCAGUCCUGAAGGUGUGAAAUUAUUCGCCGACAGUCUAGUCCGCCACAUCAACUCAGAAAGAGAUAGGCCUAUCUCAAACGAUGAUCAACAAAGGCACGAGAAUCGCAGAACUUUAUCUACCACCUAUGCGUCCAGACAUCCCUUACCAUCAUCCUCCCCGCAUCCUAUCUCAAUGACAAUGCAAAACCCACAUCUGCAACCUGCAAUAGAUGUAUCAAAUGAACAAAAAAGGUUCUUUUUUGUCUAUUUCGCUAAUACGUUUUGAGGCCGCUACCCUAGUCAAGCACUGCUUAUGGUAGCGGUCUCCAGCAUUUUUUUUUUGUCUACUUAACAAAGUACAACUUAUAAUAUUGCAAACUAAUACUAUCUAUAUACAUUUUUGCAAAUGAAUGAUUAUUUGUAUUUUUUUUUUGUUAAAAGAAAUGUAUCACUAUUUUUUUCUUUAUGUUGUACAUUAUGUUUGUUAAUUAUUUCUGUUGGAAAAAUGCUGAAAUAAAAUAAAAUCAAAUCAAAUAAAAAACCUAAACUAUGGAAUCACAGAAGGUAAUGAUCAUUGUUAGUGAUAAUUAAAAUUUUGAGAGAGACAAGUGUUAGCUUUAUUGAAGAAUAAGUCAGGUGCUUAACUAUGUAAAUAGUUUAAAUUGAGUUAGAACGUGCAUCUGAUCACUAGUUGCAUAUCAUGUGAAUUGAUCACAGCGGGGAACUUGCAUUAUAAUAUGCAGCAUUCAUAUCGCGCUUAAUACAAACGAUUCUAAGCGCUCCAUACUAUUACCCCGGCUCUAUAAUGACAUGUGCUCG